CCGGGACGCCCCUCUACAAGCGGAGGGGGAGGGCAGUCAGAAGCCGCUGGGAGUCCUAGCUAGACUCGAAGCCGCCGCCGCCGCCGCGCUGAAAGCGCUUUCUAUGGAGGCGCAGGGCGCAUGGCUGGUGGUGCCAGGAUGUGGUCAACGCGGCCUUCCCAGCUCACGACCUGAAGGGUGGUUAAAGACCUUGUUUUCCACAGUGACUGAGUCUUGAGAGGAAACGGCCUUCCUGUUUGACACAGCACUUGCAGAGCGAACACAGAACUUCACAGAGGAUUUUCCAGGGAGCCAGUGACGGGACCUAGACGCUCAGGAUACCGCAGCGCCCCGAUUCGGAACCCAGAGUGGCUAUGGAUCUGGAGAAGUCCUCUGUCUGGGGAUCGUUUAAACAGAAAACCAAGCCUUUCUUGCAAAACCUGAGCAUCAAAAGGACUAAGAAAAGUUCGACCAAGUUGGUAGAGACGAGGCGGCGGCAUCGCUUAGACCGCCGGCUCAGUUCCUCGGUGCCGGACAUGCUGAACAUCGAGACGGUUGUCGAAGAAGAGACCAGCAGCUACACGCGCUCCAAGGCCUUGUCCACGUUCUUCCCAGAUGGCUUUUCUGCCACCCAAAUGCUGCUAGAAAACAGCAGCGAUGCUUCUGUCCAACAGGCCGGGGAGGAAUGGCGGUGGAGUCAGCAGACGGUGCGCUUGGAAAUUCGGGAAGCCGAGGAACCGGCCGCUUGCGAUCCUGGAUCAGAGUCGGAGCGGAAGUCCAGUGAAGUUCUCUUUGACCUGUUACACCACGGCAGCUUCAGCAGUGAGCCUACGGAAGACCCACUGGAGCUUUCGUGCGCAGGAUCCAACCUCGGCUCCUCGUGUUCCUCUCAGCUAUUUGACGAGCAAUCCGCGCUUGAGGCAGGAAGUGAGGGUUUGAGCAAAUUGCCCGGCUCAUUUGCAUACCUGCUAACGAUACAUCUGAAAGAAGGAAGAAACCUGGUCAUCCGGGAUCGCUGUGGUACGAGCGAUCCCUACGUGAAGUUCAAGCUGAAUGGGAAAACGCUCUACAAAAGCAAAGUCAUCUAUAAGAACCUGAACCCCAUCUGGGACGAGACGGUGGUGCUUCCCAUACAAGCACUUGAUCAGAAGCUUCGUGUGAAGGUAUAUGAUCGGGAUUUAACCACUUCAGACUUCAUGGGUUCAGCGGUUGUAACCUUGGGUGAACUGGAACUCAACAAGACCAGUGAGAAGAUCCUAAAACUGGAAGACCCGAACAGCUUAGAGAGUGACAUGGGGGUGAUAGUGCUGGACUUAAAGCUUGCAGUGAAGCAGGGAGACAUUAAAAGGAAUCAGAAAUGGGCAAACCUAAGAAAGCGCUCUACACCUAAGGCAAGCUUCAUCCGACCGGCCAGGCUGGUGGAUUCGCUGCAGAAGAGCCAACUGUGGAAUGCAACCGUGGCCAUUGCCUUGCUGGAAGGGAAGAAUAUCCCUGGCGGGGCCGUGACGCAGAUGUUUGUUUUGCUGAAGAUGGGGGAUGAGAAGUAUAAGAGCAAGGUAAGCAUGCAGACAGUGGUUAAGAGUGCAAAUCCACAGUGGAGGGAACCGUUUGAUUUUCACUACUUCUCUGACAGGAAGGAUGUGUUGGAGAUUGAGGUCUGGGGAAAGGAUAACAAAAAGCAUGAAGAAGUUUUGGGAAUAUGCAAAGUGGAUGUUUCUGCGCUCCCGACCCCACAGGGAAAUCGUUUGGAAUUGCCCCUGGAGAAACAGCCAGGGUCCUUGUUGAUGGUGAUCUCCGUCUCCCCCUGCUUGGGCGUUUCUAUCUCUGAUUUGUGUGUGUGCCCCUUGGGAGACCCCAAUGAGAGGAAGGAGAUUUCUCAGCGCUAUGGUAUAAGGAACUCUUUCAAGAACAUCAAGGACGUUGGCUUCUUACAAGUUAAAGUUUUGAAAGCUGUUGACCUGUUAGCUGCAGAUUUUUCAGGCAAAAGCGACCCGUUCUGUGUAUUAGAGCUAGGGAACAGCAGACUCCAGAGCUACACCGUGUACAAAAACCUCAAUCCAGAGUGGAACCAGGUCUUCACUUUCCCUGUUAAAGACAUCCAUGAUGACCUAGAAGUGACGGUAUUUGAUGAAGAUGGAGACAAGCCACCCGAUUUCCUGGGGAAAGUUGCCAUCCCCUUGCUGUCGAUUCGAAAUGGGCAGCAAAGUUGCUACAUGCUGAAGAAUAAAGAUUUGGAACUUCCUUCAAAAGGCGUGAUCCACUUGGAACUAGAUGUCUUAUUUAACCCUGUAAAAGCGAGUAUCAGGACCUUUUCUCCGCGGGAGAGGCGUUUUCUGGAAGACAACCGCAAGUUCUCGAAGAAGAUCUUAUCAAGAAAUGUUGAUCGUGUGAAAAAAAUUACCUUGGCAAUAUGGAACACCAUACAGUUCCUCCGGAGCUGCUUUCUCUGGGAGUCCCCCUCAAGAAGUGUGAUGGCCUUUGUGGUGUUUGUGGUCACGGUGUGGCAUUUUGAGCUAUACAUGUUGCCCCUUGUGCUGCUGCUGCUUUUUGCUUACAACUUCUCCCUGAUCACGCCAGAGAGAGUCACCAGUGCUCAAGACCCCCAGGACUGCAUGGAUGUUGAGGAUGAUGAAGAUGACGAAGACAAGGAAUCAGAGAAAAAGGGCUUAAUAGAAAGAAUCCACAUGGUCCAGGAUAUUGUUAUAACGGUCCAAAAUCUCUUGGAAGAAAUCGCAUCUUUUGCAGAGAGGAUAAAAAAUACAUUGAACUGGACCGUUCCUUUCCUCUCUGGCCUGGCCUGCUUAGUUCUUGCAGUGGCAACAGUGAUUCUGUAUUACAUUCCCCUACGGUACAUCAUUCUAAUCUGGGGCAUAAAUAAAUUUACUAAGAAGCUUAGGAACCCCUAUGCCAUUGACAAUAACGAGUUGCUGGAUUUCCUCUCCAGGGUGCCUUCUGAUGUCCAAAGGGUGCAGCACACCGAAUUGAAACCAUCCAGCGGCUCGACUCCCAUUAGGAAGAAGCGGAGCACUCAGUAGGAUCUGGGGCUUGGAAUGUGGCAUCCCUACGCCACCUUUGGAUUAGAUCAGUGCUGUGGUCACUGCCUCGCGUCCCGGAUGUUUCGUCUGGAAGACAUACAUGGAUUUUUUUUUCCUUUUAAAAAUUAAUAUGAAACCUAUCCUGUGUGCCUGGCUGACUCCUUCCCCCACUCCAAAGCACAUCAGUUUUGCUCUUGCAAGAACAGAGCUGGAACCCGGAGCCAGAAGAGCUUUCAGCUUGCAUUUGGCCUGCAGCAGACCAUAUGGGGGAUCGCCUCUUGUUUGGAGAGGGGACCAACUAGGUUUGCGUUACACAGCAGAUCACCAAAGCUGACGUGAGACAUCCUGAACUUGCUUGCUUUCUACAUAUCCGGCAGAUCUGCCUCGAGAUAUAAAGGGUGAUCCUUUGUCCAAAUCACCAGGCGUAGAUGGUUUUAAGCCCUGGAUUAAGUAGCGUUUUAAUACCUGUCUUCUACUUAAAGGCAUACAAUUUUGUGAUGUGAUAUAAUUACAGGAGGUGGUGAAUAUGCUCGUCUUUUCUCAAUCUUUUCUAUUUCACCAAGCAGUUGUGGUGGACAUAUUCUUUACCUGCAGCUGAGAACUGCUCGAUGUCCGAGUCACUGCCCUCAGAGGAGUCUAUUGCUGGCAAUAGGCACCCCCCUCGCUGCUAAUCAAGAGGAAAAUGAGAACUGAAAUUCCCCACUGACCCCAUGGAUGUUAGAUUUCCAAUUUGCCUUCUGAAAUUCCGUCUUCUCGGACUCUUCAUUGAGGAUGCCAACACUACAUAUGCAAAACACUUUGUAUCGCUGCCUUAGAUGUGAAACGUUGAAAGGACAUGUUAAAAUGACAUGCUGCUUGUGAUGCUUAAAUCGGCAAUUGCAAUGUUGGAGGAGAGCUGAUGGGGAGGAGAGCUGGUCAUGCAGCAGCAAGCAUGAAGGGUCCCCUUUGCUAAGCAGGGUCUGCCCUAGUUUGCAUUUGGAUGGGUGAUUACAUGUGAGCCCUGCAAGAUAUUCCCCUUAGGGGAUGGGGCCGAUCUCUGUGGAAAAGCAUCUGCUUGCAUGAUGGUUCACUCCUUGGCAGGAUCUCCAGGUAGGGCUGGCGAAGGCUCCUUGGAGUCACUGCCAGUCAGUGUAGACAAUACUGUGCUAGAUGGACCAAGGGUCUGACUCGGUAUGAAGCAGCAUCCUUUGUCCCUGUGAUUCAAUUCGCAGACAUUCCAUCUUACGAGGAAAGGGAAGGGGCGCAGCUCUUAAAACAUAAAUUCCAACUCUGGCGAUGGAUAACGGAAAAGUCACCCAUCCUUUUGCUUGUGAACUUCCCAAUGGUCUCUGGUUGGGAGACGCUAGAAGUGGAUUCUCGGACUGCCUGAAAUAGGCAACGCCUUACAUAGAAGCAUCAGUUAAAGUGGCAUGAUUUGGAAGUGAUGACUGGUUAUAUAGGAAGCUGCCUUCUGCCGAGUCAGAGCCUUGGUCCACCUAGCUCAGUAUUGUCCACACUGACUGGCAGCAGCUCUCCCAAGGUUAGAGGCAGGAGUCUAUCCCUGCCCAGCCCUACCUGGAGAUGCUGCCAGGGAGUGAACCUGGGACCUUCUGCACACAGAGCUGAUGUUCUACCACUGAGCGAUGGCCUCAUCCCCAAGGACAUAGGAAGCUGCUACCUACUGAGUCAGAACUUUGGUCUAUCUGCCUCUGCACUGACUGGCAGCAGAUUCCCAAGGUUUCAGGCAGGAGUCUUUCCCAGUCUACUGAGCUGCAGCCCCAUCCUCUAAAUGGAUAUCUUCUAGAAGACAGCACUUCUAUGUCGUCACCCAUCCAAAUGCAAUGCAAAAGGGACCCUGGGACUGUUCAGGCUGGUUAGCACGGGCUCAGCUCUCCUCCGUGCAAGGCAUUCUUCGGUUCUUAAGUUCCUAUGAAACAGCGCAAGGAAGCAAGUGGAGGAACAUCCCACUCAGAGAGCACGAGAGAGAAUAUCAGGACAGCUCUGGGGACCAGACCAUCAACGCCUUCCAUAGAAGCAUCAGUUAAAGUGGCAUGAUUUGGAAGUGAUGCAUUGGAGGAUCUCGAUGCAUUAACCCCACAGCUCCCACAUGCAUGUCCGAGAGCAGGUUUUUCUCCAGUGGGUGACACAUCUGGGAGAUGAGACCCCCCACCCAGAUCCUGCUAGAUCUGUGCAUGCAUGGCGGGAAAAGCCCACCAUGGGAACCUCGUAGCUGGCAACUUGCUGUCAAAUCCACUUGCUUUCCGUUGGACAAAUUAAGAGAACAUUUUAAGCAGCUUUCUAGAACGACUCGUAGAUUUGGUUUUAUGGGAGAUUGUAAUUUUAUAAAGAUGUUUUUGAAGAUGCAAUAAAGAUUACUUGGAACAUAUUUUAUUUUAAAGGAAA